CUUCCUUGCAGAUAAAUCUUUCUUACUCGACUUAGCAAGAAGAAUGACUCGAGAACAAAUCUGCAUGUCGCCAUCAACGUCAACAAGCAACGUGGGAAGGAUGAUAGGAGCGGGAAAAAGAAUGUGGCAUGAUUCAUCCCCUCUCCCUGCAACCUCCAAUCUAUGCCAUGCUAUUGCUCCCCUUUAAAGUUGACUUGGCGAACCUAUUCAUACAACACCUAAGCCCCCCCCUAGCCUUAAUACAUCCCAUCCCAUCCUUGCUUCCAAUCUGUGGCUUGGCGGCUCUCAUGAACGCCACCAUGAGCAUGUUGAGCAUGGUGGAGGCGAAGCUGCCUCCAGGUUUCAGGUUCCACCCGAGGGACGACGAGCUCGUCUGCGACUACCUCGCCGCGAAGGCCGCCGGAGGCAGCACCGAGAGCAGUUCCAUGAUGAUGGUGGAUGUUGAUCUCAACAAGUGUGACCCAUGGGAUCUUCCUGUGAACCGUUCAGUUUCCACUGAAGUAGAUUGUUUCCGUGGAUCAGCUGCUGCAUGUGUUGGGGGCAACGAGUGGUACCUCUUCAGCCUUCGAGAUCUGAAGUACGCGACCGGGCAGCGGACCAACCGGGCGACCAUGUCAGGCUACUGGAAGGCCACAGGGAAGGAUAAACCAGUGACCCGAAAAGGAUUGCUGGUUGGGAUGAGGAAGACUUUGGUGUUCUAUCAAGGGAGAGCUCCCAAGGGGAAGAAGACAAAGUGGGUCAUGCAUGAAUUCCGCAUGGAAGGAUCUGAUGGUGCUCCGAAGUUGCCUUUCAAGUCAGACUGGGCCCUGUGUAGAGUCUUCUGCAACAACAGAAGGAUCUCCACCAUGCCAAGCAUGGAGUCAAGCCAUGAAAACUCAGGUUCACAGUCCCUCUCAGCUCUAAUGGACAACUGCAUCACCUUUGACCAAACCCCUUUCUACUCAGAGGGUUUUGAGCAGGUGCCCUGCUUCUCCAGCCUAUCUCCAAGCUAUGUAUCCCAGUGCCAAGACUUUGUCCUAACAAAAUGCUUAGCUCAAACCGGUGGUUUGCCUGAGUUGAACUCUGGAUUGAACCAGCUCACUGGUGACAGAAGGGACUCGAGAACAGUUCUGAACCACCUCAUCAAGUUUGAGGGUGAUCCAAAGGGAAAGGUGGUGCCACAAGGGGGUUUUGAGGAUUACUCAACACACAAUCGUCUGCCAUCAACUUGGAAUCCUUGAGGCUUGGUGAGGUCGGUGGGCAACUAGAACAGAAGAUACCACCUACUUGUAGUCACUCAUUAAAGUUGUCUACAUGUAUAGUUUGGUGACUGACUGUAUUCAUAGACACUGCAUAAUCUUCUAUCUCCUAUUAUGAGAUUUUAUUAUUA